AUGGAUGUGUUGGAUGUUCUGCUUCUUAUGGCUGGAUUUGAGGCCAGUGUGGCGACUGUUUGCCCUGUUGGCUGGCACCGAUAUGGAAAGGCUUGCUAUUUUGUAGUCAAUGAAAUAAGAGGCUGGCACAUAGCAAAAAGCAUCUGUGCUGCUUCUCAAGCAAGCCUUGCAGUUCCCAACUCAUUGGAAGAACAGACAUUUAUAUGGGAAUUACUCCAGUGGGAGUUUUAUCCUGAUGGUCCAGGGAAUGGAGCCUGGAUCGGCUGCAAUGACAUCGACUGGGAAGGUGAUUGGCAGAAUUGUCCUCUGAGAGGUGAUGAUACCAACGCGUACCAGAACUGGAGGGAAGGAAAGCCUGACAAUCAGCGCGGUGGGGCUGAUUGUGCAUUGAUGGUCAAUUCAGCGGGUGGCAAAUGGGGUAACCAGUUAUGCACCAAUCCAAGAUAUGCAACAUGUGAGCUUGCUAUCAUCGACUACGACCCUCUAUUCUGCCUUCAGAUCGGCACCCAUGGUCAUAUCAUCUCCCCUUGCCUCACUGAUAAUCAUGUCUUGAUGGAGUUUGAUCAGGGCCUGGAGUCUUGUGGCAUGGCCUGCCUCUCUCAUCCCAAAUGUAGCUCCUUCAAUCUGAAGGACCAAGGCCAGGGCAAGACGGUGUGCCAGCUGAAUGACCUCACCCUUCAAAAUGCGGCUGAUGAAGAUGUGGUGGAAAUUGAGAACUGCUACGGCCUAGAUCUGUAGAAACUGGUUGCAUGAAGCAAACUUGGAUAUGAAAGAUAUCCUUUAGAAUGCUCUUAUGAACCCAGGUAGAUGAGGCUGUCAUUUUCAAUGCAAGUACAUGUACAAAACACAGUGGUGGCUUACAUUUUCACAGCUGAGAGUGAAUGACUAU